UAAAUCUGGCGAUUUUGUAGGGAAGGGAGGGUUGCAAGUGGAUGAGGAAGCAGUGUAGGAGAGCCGCCCUCUCUUCCCACCUCCAAUUGCUCAUCUCAUCCAUACAACCCCCCAUCUCUCCCUCCCUCAACUGCUCAAUUAUUCUCCGUUGUAUUGUUUGUCUGCAUGCACAGAAACCUUGAGGACUCGCCGCCUCAUCUCUUAUAUUGCAUCCAUCCCCUUCCCCACCACAACCCCUAGUUCCAUCCUUCCUUCCUUCCCCUCAGCCUUGAGGGGACAGUCAGCCACAGCCUCCUCAUACAAGGUGGUGAUUUGCACAGACAAAUGGAGAUCACCAAUGUCACAGAGUACCAGGCCAUCGCCAAGCAGAAGCUUCCCAAGAUGAUCUACGACUACUACGCCUCCGGCGCCGAGGACGAGUGGACGCUCCAGGAGAACAGAGAGGCCUUUGCCAGGAUCCUGUUCCGCCCGCGCAUUCUCAUCGAUGUAUCCAAAAUCGACAUGACAACAACUAUCCUGGGGUUCAAGCUCUCAAUGCCCAUCAUGAUUUCCCCCACUGCCAUGCAGAAGAUGGCUCACCCAGAUGGAGAGUAUGCAACUGCCCGCGCAGCAUCAGCAGCAGGCACUAUAAUGACAUUGUCGUCCUGGGCUACUUCGAGUGUUGAGGAGGUUGCCUCAACCGGACCAGGGAUCCGUUUCUUCCAACUCUAUGUGUACAAGGACAGGAAGGUGGUCGAGCAGCUUGUGAGGAGAGCGGAAAAGGCUGGAUUCAAGGCGAUAGCGCUCACCGUGGACACCCCGCGACUUGGCCGCAGGGAAGCUGAUAUCAAGAACAGAUUUGUUUUGCCACCAAAUUUGACACUCAAGAACUUUGAAGGUUUGGACCUCGGGAAAAUGGACCAGGCUAACGAUUCAGGACUAGCUUCAUAUGUCGCCGGUCAGAUCGACCGCACACUGAGCUGGAAGGAUGUGAAGUGGCUGCAGUCCAUCACCACGAUGCCGAUCCUGGUGAAAGGAGUGAUCACCGCAGAGGACAGCAGGCUCGCCGUGGAGAACGGCGCGGCCGGAAUCAUCGUGUCCAACCACGGCGCCCGGCAGCUGGACUACGUCCCGGCGACCAUCAGCGCCCUGGAAGAGGUCGUGAAGGGUGCUGGCGGGCAGAUCCCCGUCUUCCUGGACGGCGGUGUGCGCCGCGGCACCGACGUCUUCAAGGCGCUCGCUCUCGGCGCCGCCGGCGUCUUCAUCGGAAGGCCGGUGGUGUUCUCGCUGGCGGUGGCCGGGGAGGCCGGGGUGAGCAACGUGCUCAAGAUGCUGCGCGACGAGUUCGAGCUGACCAUGGCGCUCAGCGGCUGCAACUCGCUGGCCGACAUCACCCGCAACCACGUCGUCACCGAGGCCGACAAAUUCGGCGUCAUGCCGUCCCGCUUGUAACUUGGAACCAAAUCAAGUCGGCACGUGCGUCCACGUCGCCGGCGGCCACAUAUCUGUGUGUGUGUUCCCAACUUCAAAGUGCUGUGAUAUGGCAUGGAUCGAUCAAACAUGAUAAAUGAAUUAAAUACAUAUACAUUAUUCCUCGCAAAAGAAAAAAUGAAUUAAGUACAUUACGUGCAAGGCGAGUUUGCAUUUAUCCAACGAACAAGUUACUCUACCGGCCGCCAACAAGUUGAUCUCCAAGAAACUAACUAGUUGAACAUGUUGAAUAUAUUGUGUACGUGUAUAUUGUGUCUUGGGCCCACCUCCUAGUUUAUCUGUAUAGUUGAAGUUGUGGCCCUCCUCUGUACAUCAUAUAUACGUGCCUGGUGCACCGAUCAAUGCAAUUGUGUUGCACAGCCCAAAUUGUUGGAAAUAUGCCCUAGAGGCAAUAAUAAAAUGAUUAUUAUUAUA